AUGGCGACAGAGCUCCAAAACCUUCAGGAUCUGAGGCAUAGUGCCUCACUAGUCACCAAGGUGUUCAUUCAGAGGGACUACACCGAGGGCACCGUUUGCAAGUUCCUCACCAAACUUCCAGCAGAACUCAACAGCAGGAUUGAGCGGACGCUGUUUGAGGACACUGUGAAGACUCUCAAUAGCUACUACGCAGAGGCAGAGAAGAUCAGCGGUCAGUCUUACCUGGAGGGCUGCUUGGCCUGUGUGUCAGCUUACAUUAUAUUCCUCUGCAUGGAGACACGAUAUGAGAAGGUCUUAAAAAAGAUCUCCAUGUAUAUUCAGGAGCAGAAUGAGAACAUCUAUGCACCCCGAGGACUUCUUAUCACUGACCCUAUUGAGAGGGGCAUGAGAGUGAUAGAAAUCUCUGUCUUUGAGGAUCGUAGCUCUUCCAGCUCCAGUUCCAGUGGCAGCUCCGCAUCUGGCAGCAGUGCUCGGUGACUGGAGGAGCAGCACCAGGGGUACGGGUACCGAGGGGCCAAAGGGAUUGCCAAGAUCCGCAUGUUGAAACAUGAGAGCACCAGAUUCUGAAUUAAGAGAAUGUCAAAGCCACUUAUUCCUCCUUUUCUCUCUUUGCUAUCACAUAAUUCACACAGUAUGCACACAAACCCUCCCUCACUCCCAUCCUUUCAUCGUCUUCUGUGUUUCCAUUAGCAACACACAUGAACUCCAUACACUAUGUCCCACAAAUGAUGAAAUAGAGAACAGGAGUCUAUUUAUAUAUUAUAGGCAAAAUACUUCUUUAAAUGUACCUGCUACAUUUCUCUCUAUUCCUGUCAGUUGGACAUUGUUAUGCAUUUGGCAACUGGGUUGAGUGCUGGAUGAUGGCCAAGCUCUCCGCAUUCUCCUGUCUGGACUUCUUUAAGAGGCGUUGCCACAGUUCACUGCCGUUGCUGAUCUUGUGCAGUGCUUGAGGCUUCUGUUCACUUGGCCAACUCUGCCAUUCACCUGUGGCUCAGUGGUUUGCUGUUCUGUGGUGUGGGCAGCGAGCCCAGGCGGAUCAAGUUCUCACGCGUCUCAGCUCAUUGGGUAUGCAAGCGAGCUUUAGCCCAUCGAGGACCUUUUGUCUCCAUGAGAUGAAAGCUACUAGUAAUUUUUUUCUUGUCCACGGAGCUGUGGCUGAUGAAUGUGUGUGUGUGUAUGUUUGCACAUCAGAUAAGCUACAUUUAGCUGAUAAAAUUCAGGGGAAGUUGAAUCAGCAGCUGCUUAAUAUGAGCUCCUAAAAGAACAGCUGGCUCAUGUGUAAUGUUUCUGUGUUGGUCAGUUUUGCACUAAUGAUAGCUCCAGGCUGAACAUCGCAUAGCAUCUUAUGUAUGUCUUUAUGCAUACUCAGCAACUUAAACCUGAAAACCAUCAUAAAGGCAUUUUGAUUUAUACAUCUUAUACAUCAAAGAGUCAGAAUGGGUAAGAUAUGAGUGCAUUUGUUAUUUAGUUGAAUUGGGCUCUGUGAACACACACAAAAAAAAUCAGAUUAACCAGAAGCCAGACAUGGUAUAGGGGAUUUGUCAUAUUUAGUUGUUUACUCAGAUCAUAUUCAAAAGAGAAGCUGAUAAGCCAAAUGUAACUGAACUUUGCAUCAGAGAAUUCUCAAUUCUGGUGUAUAGAUCACCCACAUUUAUUAUUAU